CCUGAUUCUAGUGGUAGCGUCCAACUUGGAACCACCCGUCGAGAAGAACAGUCGAGAACAACGUCAGGCCAAGAACUAUGCCUCGUGUUUAUAUUGGACGAUUGAGUUAUCAUGUCCGCGAAAAAGACAUUCAGCGAUUUUUCAGCGGAUAUGGGAAACUCAUGGAAAUCGAUUUGAAAAACGGCUAUGGAUUCGUGGAGUUCGAGGAUAACCGGGACGCGGACGAUGCUGUGUACGAGCUGAACGGGAAGGAGCUGUGCGGGGAGCGGGUGAUCGUCGAACAUGCCCGGGGGCCGCGGCGCGACCGAGAUGGCUACGGUGGGGGUUACUGGGGUGGUGGGCGCAGUAGCGGUUACAGCAGCCGGAGCCGCUCUGGCAGGGAUAAGUAUGGACCUCCAGUCCGUACUGAGUACCGCCUCAUCGUGGAGAACUUGUCCAGCCGCUGCAGUUGGCAGGACCUAAAGGACUUCAUGCGGCAGGCAGGAGAGGUGACUUAUGCGGAUGCCCACAAGGAACGCACAAAUGAGGGAGUGAUCGAGUUUCGGAGCCACUCGGACAUGAAGAGGGCUCUGGACAAGCUGGACGGCACGGAUAUCAACGGACGGAAGAUUCGUCUAGUGGAGGACCGGCCUCGCAAACGGAGGUCUUACUCUGGCAGCCGCUCCAGAUCUCGCAGUCGCCGCCGCUCCCGCAGCAGGAGUCGCAGAAGCCACAGAAGCAGGAGCUCCAGGAGUCGCUCCAGAUCACGCUCCAGGUCUCGUUCCCGUAGCAACAAGAGACGCCAUCAUUCCCGCUCCAGAUCUGGAAGGAAGUCUCGUUCCAAGUCGGGAGAAAGCAAGUCACGUUCUCGCAACCGCAGGUCCCGUUCACGCUCCCGCAAAUCCAAAUCUCGUUCACGCUCCCGCAAAUCACCAUCCCGUUCGGGCGACCGGAAAUCCAAGUCCCGUUCAAAGAGUCGUUCAAAGGUAAAGUCAGAGCGGGAUUCUCGCAGUAGAUCCAAGGAGAUGUCUGGUGAAAAGAAGUCCCGCAGUCGUUCAGCUUCGCCAGUGGAGAACGGGAAGGAGGAGCGUGUCGCCAAAUCUGCCUCACGCUCACCAUCCCCACAGGAAGAUGGCAGCCGAUCCAAGUCAAGGGAGAAACGUUCAGCCUCCCGUUCAAGGUCCCGCUCACGGUCUAGAUCAGCGUCUCAGGAUUAGUGGAAUUAGAAAAAGGAUGUGUUUACUCAUUGAGCUUGAUACCUAUGCUGUACAUAAUGAGCAGUGUCAACAUGCUGUCUUAUGCUUCCUGACUUGUCUACUUUUCUCCUUCAAGUGUGCACUUGUCUUAAACAUGUAUUAUUUUUUUUUAGAUGCCGUACUAUUAGAGGGUGCGUCACAGUGACUGGGGUACUUUCUGGAAUCAUUUUGCCUCCCAAAAAUCUGUCAUUCAUUUUCUCCCAAAUUAUUUUCAAAUGGACAAAAUCUUAGCAUCGGCCACCCUGUCCCAAAAAUGUCAAACUAGUUAAACUGUAGGUUUGUCACAUCAGUCUGUUUCAAGUAAAAGCUGUUUAUAGCUUAGUGAAUAUUAAGUUGUCUUUUUGUUACUUCGAUCAUGCAGCAUCUCAGCUUGCAACAGAUCUUUUGUAGAUUAAGUGUCCCCAGUCCACUAAUGUCUGGAGCAUCAUCAGGUGUUGUUUGUUAUAACCGUUUGGACUCAAACUCAUUCAAACUGCACGGAUGUGGGUGAAAAGUAGCAUUUGGAAACGGCAUUGAAGCGGUUUUCCUGUUUGAACUGCAGUCUCAAGAAUUGCUUAAGGAAUCGGCCUAUUUUGGUGUUGUCUUGGCAGCACUCUAAAAUGCACAACUGGGAUGCAAGAACCUGAACUGCAUAUUUACAAGAAAUUGAGGGGUUUGUAUUUCAUGAUUAACAACUAACUUUUUAACUUGUAUAUAGACCAUGUGAUCAUCUAAAAUGGAUUUAUUCCUCUGGGUUGCUACCAAUGUUGGUGUUUUGUAACCUUGAGCAGGUAAUCUGUGGAAGGCUCUUUGUUACUUUAUGGAUUUCAGUUUGGCUAGAGCUCCAAGGGCACAAAAGCAGUGUCACGUUCUCUCAUUUCCUGCUUUGUUCUGAUUGCAGCCCUCAGAAGUCAUUUUCAAUUUGUAUUUCUUUCUUUCUUUUUUUUUUCCCCUUUACAAAUUUAAUCCAGGGGUUACGGUUUGCUUAUUGUGUGCAGCUAAUACUGGAGAUUUGUAUUUGAAGGGUAAAUCUAUUCCAAUCUUUUGAGGGAUUGCUUGUGGUUUAACACAACCGUCAGACUUACUGAAGGCACCCCCUCUUCAUUUUUUGGAACAUGUUAUUUCCCCCAUAUGAAUGACAUCUAACAGAAGUCUCUUUGGGUUUUUUUGUUUUUUUUUUUAAAUUGUAUGUUCAAUUAAAGAUCUUAAUGAAAGAGAA